AUGGAUAUCAACACAAUCAUCCCGCGAAGCAAUGGUGUAACGCAGUCACGUGGUAAAAUGUCUUUCUACAUUUUCGACAAGAAUCAGUCUCUAAACUUUUUUCACUGCGUUGCCAUGGGUCUAGAUCUCGACGCUUGUAUUUCCCAACUUUUACAGAAACAGCUCCUCGCGGAAUCUCUGAUAAAAGAGAUUUGUGAGAAAACCAAGGAAUUACUAAUGCGCGAGAGUAAUGUAAUCCAUAUAUCAGCUCCUGUGACUGUGGUUGGUGAUUAUGUUGAUAGGGGGUUGUUUAGUAUCGAGACUAUAUCUCUGUUGACGUGUUUAAAGCUGAGAUACCCAGAAAGAGUGCAGCUCGUUAGAGGUAAUCACGAGUCGCGUGCUGUCACUCAGACAUAUGGAUUCUAUACCGAAUGCGUUAGAAAGUAUGGAAAUACAAAUGUCUGGCAUUAUUUCACAGACAUGUUUGAUUAUUUAACAUUGUCUGUUGUUAUUGAUGAUAAGAUAUUCUGCGUGCAUGGAGGUCUUUCACCUUCAAUACACAGCAUUGAUCAAAUAAAGACGCUGGACAGAUUCAGAGAAAUCCCGCAUGAAGGUCCAAUGGCCGAUCUCGUAUGGUCUGAUCCAGACCAGGAUAAAGAUGAGUUUGCAAUAUCACCAAGAGGAGCGGGCUACACUUUCGGUGGUGAAGUAGUGAAAAAGUUCCUUCAUAUAAAUAGCAUGGAGCAUAUACUACGCGCUCAUCAACUUUGUAUGGAAGGAUAUCAGGUUCUCUACGAUGACCGUCUAUCAACGGUCUGGUCUGCUCCGAAUUACUGUUAUAGAUGUGGUAAUAUGGCAUCCAUACUAGAAGUCGGCGUCAACGGAGAGAGAUUUUUUAACGUGUUUGAUGCUGCGCCCGAGAAUGAUAGAGAGAGUUCGAGACCCAUGGCAUCUGAGAGACCGGAGAAUGUGUUAUAUUUCUUGUGA